GACAUGAAAUAUCGUCACUCGACAGCACCUCGCUACACGUGUAGAUGUUCGUCGCGCCGAUUCUUUGCGAAGGGCACACUUGAGAUCAGCCUUAACGGCCGAUGUCGCAGAGAUAUUGGCUGGCACACUGCGGCCUAAUGUCACAGUAACGUUAUCUCUAACCCUAUGAGUGGCACGUUGCAGCACGCUACUGGCCCGAUCAAACGGUGUACUCGUCAUUUCACUAUCUCGCAGCUGUGCUUUGGCAGAAACAAAUCAUCUUUCCUCUCGGUUCUAAUGCGAAAUGCGGAGGGCGGAGAGAGCCCGUUACUGCGUACUGCGUCUUCGAGGAGCCGAGCUCACCCAGACCAAUCAGUCGAGAACGUGCGCUCCACGGACCACUCGACAGAGCAGAUGCCGAGUCGCGAAGGUCCAUCAUCAUCUCAUCCGGGAAAACAAAACCCUCGUUCGUCCUUUCCAUUGCGCCUGGUGGGCACUCCUCCAUCGAUCGCCGUUACAGGACUGCCACCGUUGCACAGUUUCCGCUCCAACGUCAGCGACGUCCCUGAUGUCUCACGGUGUCUCGGGUCCGCCAAGCAGAGCCAGAUUCAGGCGGAACCAAGGGACCGUGGCGAAACGCGACCAGCGACCAUUAGCUGGAAUCCCGGAUCGCCAUGCUUCCUUGAAGUCGAUCUUUCCCUGUUGCCCAGCCAUGCCCAUCUCGACGGAAAAGAGCAAUCGACAUAUCUUUGCAGAAAGUCAAGGCCUGUCUGUAUGAAUAUGCGCAGCUUGACAACAUCCAGUUCGAUCCUGUCCAGCUUCGACGAGCAACGCGACGCAUGCGCUUGAGACUCUGUGUAACAACAUCUGCUGUCUCUUGUUGUCCCAUCCAUCUCGGUGGGAGGAAGCCACGGUCAUACUUGGCAGCGUUAUACCGCAUGCUGCGUU